UUGUAGAUCGAUCACAUGCGUGCAUGCAAUGGCGCAGUGCAGGGAUUGGUGGAGCGUUACCUGGCAACGCUGUUCUACCAGUGCAGUCAGAUUGCUGCAUUCCUGGAAGGCUCGCCAGUCUUGCCGCUGGAGCGCACAGGUGUAGAGCGGAAAGUCGCCGCGCCAGAGGUGCCACGGAAGUGUCCGGCUCGGCCUACAAGGCGGUCCUAUGGUAUCCUGGAGGCCCCGCCAGAGCCUGAUUCCACGGCGCCAGACCUGUCCACCAGUGGCAUGGUCGACACCGGCGACGGCGCAUACGAUGCUGGCAGUGAGUGUGCUGACAAGGUUUUGACCCUGGAGCCCUCGGCCUUGGCUCCGCUCCUCCGCCCAAAACCGCCGCCGCCGCCGCCUUCGCCCUCCGCGGCGCCCGCGGCUUCGGCGCCGUGCGCGGUGCUGGGGCCGUGGAACCCGUGGAGCGCGGACAACGAGGCCCAGCGCCUGCGGAGGCUGCUGCAACCCAUUCAGAGCUCCAGGAGCUUAGCGAGGGACAAGCUUAAACCUGCCAGCCCCAGCCCCGGCGAGUGCAUCGUCGCCAUCGCGGCGAGCAAAGCCCAGACCAGAGUUUCCACGAGCACGCGCAGGAGCAAGAGCCGUCCCAGCAUGGCCAGCCCAAGCGGCUCCAAAGCACCCAGCCGUAGCUGCAGCCGCUUGCCAGAGGAGAAUUUGUCUGCAACGCUGGCCUCGGAAGGGCCGCGCUCCAUUUUUGCACUGCCCGACGAGGACGUCGAGAAGGUGCCGAAGAGGAUGUCGCGCGGACGUGGAAGCCGUACCAUGGAAGGCUUCAGGUUCCGCCGCUACAGCGGAUCAGAUGAAGGUGAGCGCCAAGUCAAGGCCUGGCAGGUCAGACAGCAGUCUGCCGAGAAGGUGAACCAGGAUAUGGAGACCAAGUUGCUGGAGCGCUUUCGCCACACCAAGGAGGACACUCUGUGCGCCACAGCGCCAGACUCCACCGAGAACGUGAUGAUGCUCCACCAGCUUGCCGCCAUGGUCACCCUGUCGUUCGACGACGCGCGCAUGGCCAAAGCAGCCUUCGAGAAGCAGGAUGACGGCAGCGGCUACCUCUCAUAUGAUGCCUUUGUCCAGGCUGUGCUUCAAAUCCACCGGGAGAUGAAUAGCUCCUUCACGGCCGCCUCGAUGGCAGAGUGCGAGAAUCUGUGCUCCAACACUUUUCCCGGAGGAAGCUCUGGGAGAAAGAUCAAUUUGCUGGAAUUCUUGCAGUGGUACUCCACAUAUGGCUUCAAUGAGGAGUUUCUGCUUGCACCGGAAAUGAGGACCAUGCGACGUCUCAGUCGCCAAUACGGCAUCCCCUGGGAAGAGGUGGACAACGUCAAGCGUCAAUUCGAUGCCGUGGACACAGACCGUUCAGGUUACGUCGACUUUGAGGAGUUCACGGAGGUGCUGCGCAAGGUGCUGCAGGUGCCGGCGCAUUUGGAGCUGCCCGUGAACCGCGCAAGGUACUUCUGGAAACAACUGGAUAUCGCUGGGAGCGGCAAGGCAGACUUCGCGGAGUUUCUUCCGUGGUGGCUGAAAUACUUCCACCACAAGGACGGCAAGAAGAUGCUGGCAAAGCCUUUCGAGGACUUCUACAAGAGUGUGCGCAACCUGAAAAAUCCCGACCCGCCCGCGCAGAAGUCGAACCAAUUGCUCGAUUUCGAGCUGGACAAAUCUGGACGUGGAGGACUUGGCAGUUCGGCGAGCUUGAGGGAAGAAGCACGAGCUUGAGUGUUCUGACAGGAGCUCGCGACCGACGGCCCUGCACGCACCGGAUGUCUGCUGUGAUUACAGAGCGCUUGCUCAAGGAUUGAACAAUCAGACCCCAUUUAUUGGCCUGCCGUAAAGAUGCGGCGCCGAUGUGUUGGCUUUGUCUCACAAAGAGCCAUUGCACGCACACCUCUCUUCCGUAGCUGAAGUGAGGCUCACUUAGUCGGG